AUCAAACCUUACCGCACUUCCUAUCAUUACUAUGUCCGGGCCAUUUAAGAAAGUUCUCAGGAGAAUGAAGAGGUCGUUCUCCAGUAAGGAAACCUCAAUGACGGAAACCCCUAAAAUCAAGCGCGCAAUGUUCCGCCCCGGGGACAUCUCAAUUGACUCCGAGUCUGGCGCUCCGUAUUCAGCGACGCGUAUUACCGAUGACACCUCAAUAACCCCAGUCGUCCCUGUAACCGUGACUCCCCAGACAAUUAAUGACAAUAUGACCAAAACCCCAUCGACCACGAAGCAGACUACUCCCCCUGCCAACGGGCCAUCAUGCUCCCAAACCCAUAAACAUGCCCCGGCAAUAUGGCUUACCUUUUGCCUUACCACUGUCGCGGUGAUCUUCCCGCGAGAGAAGGCUAAGGCAAUAGGGGAAGCCUUUAUCAAACUGCUAGGCUCUGAGAGAGUAAGACCCCUAAAAGAGUCCAAAGCUGGUCUCCUCUUCAAAAUUAGGGACGACGCACUCAACCAAGCUAAACAUUUCUCCUUUGAUAGAUUUGACUUCAAGCUAAUUGCUCAAACUAAACUUGCAAGGGGUGUCAUCCAGGUUCCCAAAAACGCGGAUAUAGACAAAUUAAAAAACGAUCUAAAAAACAAAUCCAAUGUAGAAGCAGUCCAUAGUGGUCUUAAAAACAAUGUCAUUACGGUCACAUUCAAGACGGAAAACGCCCCAACAAAUAUACUAGGCCACAACGUUAAGCCCGCGCUCCUAAUCACCCUAAAAAAAUGCUCAAUCCUAUACCAUCACCGCAACAAACAAGGCAACAACAACAACCUAGGCAACAACGCCAUCAUCAGCAACGACACAGGAUAUCCGACCACCCCGCGUAUUCUCCCUUCAUUAUACAUAGAAACCGGCUACGCAUGGCCCGUAACAGCUCGACCCCGAUCAUGCGCCAUAGCCUCCGCAAAGGACACGCGAUUGCACCGCCGUUUCCGGUCUUCUUUCGCCACGCGUACGGAAUAUAUUAAGUUAAUCCAGUAG